AUGUCCGCAGGUCAUGACGAGGCCUUCGCCUCCAUCAGGCAACAACUACAGGAGGUAUACGACAUCCUCUCUCUUGUCGAGGAAACGCACCCUCGCAAACACAAGCGCCAUUCGCCCACGGCAGUCAAGGGUCGAAUCCAUUCCAUGAUCACCGAAAUCGACGUGUUCUGCACGAGGCCAGCACUUGACGGACCGAGUUUCCCGCACAUUUUGGACCGCGUACUCGCCCUUUCCGACUAUGAGGGCUUGAUGGCACUGAGGGGCGUUAAUAAGGCACUCAACGCCAAGGCCGACGCGCGCCUCUUCGCGCAUGUCGCCCUCAUCUCUCCCUCCACCUCCACCUCGCUAGUGAACAAGAUCAAGCAUCGGGUUGGCAUUGCCGUCGGCCCAGGCGGCUUCGUCCUCUGCACACCUGGUUCUGCCCACUUCCUUCCCCAUUUCCCGUCCACACCAAUCUCGGCCGAACGCGCGGCUCUCAUAAAAGCCGUCGACUACUACGGCCCGCGUCCGUCGCCGCACGUCCAAGAAGCAAUUACGGCCCUGCAAGACGUCGAGCUAUGGCGUUCCGAGGCUCCGUUCGCUGCUGAUUCUGACCAAGGUGCGCCGGAUCUCACCCGAGGCGUGGCCGUGGCAAAUUUCCCAAUCAUUACAAAGGAGGACACGACGUUUACGGUCCGCGUCCCGCCGCACACUACGGCGGUCGUGCACCUCACGUGGCCUGACCGGGACAUGGGGCGGGACGAGACACCCGUCAUUGUCGACUUGUUCGCUGCACCGGGCUCUGACGCCUACAUUGUUGUGGAGAAACCCGAGGCGGACGCCCAACUCCCUCUCUCCAACCUGCGAGACGAGUUGGGGUUCUACCUCGGCGCGGGUGUGGCCGAGGCUUUCCCAAGGGGGACGGAUGAGCGGCCCCGAGUCACAAUCGUCGGACUGGAGGGGCUGUAUCCAAACGUGGAUGCGACUACAACAGCGACGUUCACGCAACGCUGUCUACGCCAGCUGGAGAGUUACAUCUCGGAGCGGUACGGCGUCGAGGUCAAUCAGCAUGUUGGGGCGAUGACACUCGAUGAGUGGGAGGACGCGUGGCGGGAUCGCGAGUGGGGAAGGUUAGCCAUGAACCCCCACCUCGCGUAUACGAGUAACGAGGUCGCGCUGAGCUUAUGGUGA